AUGGAGACUUUCAGACAACAGCCGGAGCUUAGAGAUUCAUUCCACCUACUGCAGAGAUACCAUUUGGAGCACCUGAUGAAUCCUAGGGACUUCUUCUAUUCCAGAGUAGCAUUAGACUUCUAUCAGUCUAUGACUACUCGUAACGUCCGGAAUCCUAAUGUUAUCUACUUCACUAUUGAUGGACGCCAUGCCUAUGUUGCACCUCCAGGAGCCCCAGAUAUGCCAACACCUCCAGAGCCAUCACAAGACGAGCAGCCACCACAGGCACAGCAGGCUGAGAUACCUACAGAGAUCAUACCACCUACCCUUGCAGCACCUUCUAUAGUGCCCAUGCCUAAGGCUACAUCUUCUGCUCCUCCUACCACUUCUAAAGCUCCACCAGUUGUACCAACUACAUCAGCACCUCUUCCAUCUGAGUCCUCUAUCACCAUAUCCACUUCAAAGUUUAGAGGCCUAUGUCAUACAUUGCAGACAUUGAGCACCACUCAAGGUGCUCUAUUCCAGCAGAUGGUAGUCAUACGUGCACAUCAGGAUCUGCUUAUUGCCAUGCAAACCCAGCAUACUGCCAUCCUUAGUCAAAUACAACAACAUUUGGGUAUUCUGCCACCAACUGAACAAGCUAUUCCAUCUGAGGAGGCUACUCCAGCUGAGCAGGCUAUUCCAUCUGAGGAGGCUACUCCAGUAGAGCAGACUAUGCCUCAUGAGGAGACUACUACAGUAGAGGUCGAGACUCCUAUCCAGAGCACUCAGGAGACCACAGUAGAGCCAUCAUCUCCACAUGAUCCUCCCACCACUACCUGA